UUGGACCAUGGUUGGGCAGGCGUCCAAUAUCUUGGCCACUUUGGGCCCAUCUUGUGACACGAGAAAGGACCAAACGCGCCGGCGGUGAGAGAGGAGAGGAUGGAGCGGCGGCGCAAGCCUCUUCCGCGCCGGCCGCCGUACUGCGCUCCUUUUACGUCAGGUCGUCCACCAGCCAAGAAGAGGAAGAGAUUGGGCUCCGAGGGAGAGAUUGAACCUUCGGCCGGGGCGGCAGGAGUCGACCGGAUCAGCGCCCUCCCCGACGAACUCCUCGGCGAGAUCAUCUCCCUCCUCCCCACCAAGGACGGCGCCCGCACCCAGAUCCUCGCGUCCCGGUGGCGCCACCUCUGGCUCUCCGCCCCUCUCAACCUCGACUGCCGUGGCUUUGCCACCGCCGCCGAUCUCGCGGUCGUCAGAUACCGCAGGGUCUACAACAACGUCCCCUCUGCUGUAGCGCACAUUCUUGACCGCCACCAAGGCCCCGGCCGCCGCCUCCGUGUCAAGGGGUACCGUCUCCCCGUCGCCGCCGCCGCCGCCACCGCCGCCACCGCCCUGAAUUGGUGGAUCGUGGCCCCCGCCCUCGCCGCCGCCGCCUCCGCCGCCCUGGAUUGCUGGCUCGUGGCCCCCGCCCUCGACGGCCUCCAGGUGCUCGAGUGCUGGGUUUCUUCCAAGCGUUCUAAACCGCUUGGGCCGCUGCCGGCGUCCGCCUACCGCUUCUCGCCCACCCUCCGCGUCGCCACCUUCGGUGGCUGCCGCCUCCCCGACGACGACAUCGCCCAAGGGCUUCACUUCCCCAACCUCAAGCACUUGUCACUUGAAUCCGUCUCCACCUCGGAGCAUUCUCUGCACAGCCUCAUCGCCCGUUGCCCCGCUCUGGAAUGCUUGAUGAUUCACACAAUCUUCGGCUUCCGUCGCCUUCGGAUCAAUUCCCUCACUCUUACGUUCAUAUGUGUGCAAGAUCAACUUCAGAACUGCAAGGCAUUCAGUCAGCUCCAGUUUGAGGAACUCGUCAUCCAGAAUGCGCCUUGUCUUGAAAAGUUGAUCCCUCUCUACUUUGAGUGUGGUCUGCAGGUGUCGGUAAUCUCCGCGCCUAGACUUCACACCUUGGGCUUCCUUACUGAUUGGGGCGAUCAUUCUACCAAACUAGUGUUUGGCUCCACAGUUAUUCAGGGAUUGCGCGCCAAUAGCCUGACAACGGCGGUGCACACUGUCAAGAUUUUAGCUGUCAAUGUCAAUAUUCUUAGUUUGGAUAAUCUUCUUGACAUGAUGAGAUUCUUUCCAUGCUUGGAGAAGCUGCACGUGAAGUCAUGGAGUUCGGGUGAGAAAAAUUUGUGGCAUCAUAAACACCGGGAUCUUCUCAGAUGUCUUGACAUCCGUCUCAGGACAGUAGUGUUGGAAACGUAUCUGGGCAGCUGGUCACAGGUUAACUUUGCCAAAUUCUUUGUGCUGAACGCCAGAGUGCUGGAGUCAAUGACGUUUCAUGUUGAGGCCAGCUUGUACGAUGAGGAGUUCUUGGCAGAACAGCGUGGGAAGCUUCAGCUAGGGAACAAGGCUUCAAGAGAUGCUCAGUUUCAUUUUACAACUGGUACUUCUCUCGAAGCUGUUUGGGAGACCAAGCAUCUCAGUGAUCUUAACUUGAAUGACCCCUUCCUGUGUAGAUGUUGAAAUGGGUUUGGUGAGUCAGGAAUUAUCUUUGCUUAUCUCAUUUGUGUUCUGUGAAGACUUUCUUAGUACCCUUGUCUGUAGUAUGUGUAUAUGUACAAUCUUGUGUCAUUUCUUUUGUCCUACACUUGCUGGUAUAUGCACAAUCUCACUGAAAAGUUUUGGAUUCGUCAACAAUGUUGCUACAGUAUAAGACGGCGGCUUGUCGAGAUCCAUCUUUUAAUCUUCCAUUGGAACAUCUGUUCAAUGACUCUGCAUGCAGUGUCAUUCUUCAGUGUUAAUUGAAGGGUGGGUAUUUAUUCUGGAAUGUCUUAUGAAUACCAUUGAAGUGAAGGAAAAGGAAACAACUUAACUCUUCUGAUUUAAAUGAUUUUUUACUGUCUGGACCAUACAUCGCAUCAGUGUAUUGGUUACUUAUAUUUAUCUAGCUUCUGGAGGAUUUAUGAGUUCACCCUACUUGUUAUUGCUUGGCCUCGUACAAUGGAAGUAAAUGUGAAUCGUUCUGUUUAUCGAUGCAACUGCAUUUUGAUUAUUUAUUAAACUACUACUGCAUCUAAAUUAACAAGUGCAAUUGUAUCGAGGUUUUGACAGGUGCAAUUGUGUUGAAA